AUGGACACAGUCUCGAGCCUGGAAGGGAUUUCAGAGCCAGUACAGUCUGGUUCUCAUAAAGCUACCUCGGCCAGCGCUCGCGCAGCCUCGGUUUGGACUCUGGAAGAAAUGAGGGAGAAAUUACAUUCAACUUCUCCUAUGCCGAGGCUAAAUUCUGUUGUGUUUUCAAAGUAUCCCAGAGAGCGUGACACUGCGGAGGAGCGAUAUUUUCGUACUGAAAACCUCAAAAGCCGUCUUCGUCACAUAUGUGGACGGAGUGCAAUAGACAACCAGCUGUGGGAUUACUUGGGUCAUUUCAGUCGCAUUGUUGGAGGAAGCCCAGUGGAAAAAGGAGCAUAUCCAUGGCAGGUGUCUCUGAAACGAAGAGAAAAGCACUUCUGUGGAGGAACUAUCAUCUCUGCCCAAUGGGUGAUCACAGCUGCUCAUUGUGUCAUGCAUAAGGAUAUGAAAACUUUUCUGAAUGUUACUGCAGGAGAACAUGAUAUGAAUCUGGUAGAACAAGGAGAGCAGACCCUUUCUGUGGAUACUAUCAUCAGACACCCAUAUUUCACACUCAGGAAACCAAUGAACUAUGACAUUGCCCUCUUGAAGAUGAAUGGCACAUUCAAGUUUGGCCAAUUUGUUGGGCCUGUAUGCCUUCCCAAACAGGGGGAAACUUUUGAGCCGGGAUUCAUCUGCACCACCGCAGGCUGGGGUCGUCUGGAAGAGAAUGGCCGCCUCCCUCAAGUCUUGCAUCAAGUGGACUUGCCCAUUCUGACCAAGAGAAAGUGUGCAGCUAUGCUAUUAACUUUAAAGAGGCCUAUCAAGGGCAAUACACUUCUCUGUGCUGGCUUUCCAGAUGGGGGAAAGGAUGCAUGUCAGGGUGAUUCGGGGGGCUCCCUGAUGUGCAGGAAUAAGCAUGGGGCCUGGACUCUAGCUGGUGUGACUUCCUGGGGGAUGGGAUGUGCUCGCAGCUGGAGGCACAACUGUCAGAAAAUUGCCAGUUACAGAGGAACUCCAGGGGUCUUUACAGACCUGACCAAGGUGCUUCCCUGGAUUCACAACACUAUUGAAAUGGGGCAAAGGAUGAGAAGCUCUAUGGCCCUGUGCAGUGACCAAGAUGGCCAGCUCUCAGGGUCUGAGGGGCAGCUCCGCUUCCCAAGACAUCCCCACCAGUUCUAUGGAAGCGAUGAGUUGUGUGUCUGGACCGUGCAUGUCAUGGGGCAGAUGCACAUCUGGCUCAAUUUUUCCCACUUGGAUGUGGAAUUUGAGGAGUUCUGUCGCCUGGAUUCCCUGUCUGUAUAUUCACUAGAAGACAAGCUCAUUGGGAAGUUCUGUGGUGUGGCUGUCCCUUCACCAAUCUUCAUUAGCUCCAGCUCAGUAAGGCUGAAGUUUGUCUCUGAUGCUACAGAGUAUGGCACUGGAUUUGUACUCACCUACAAAGCUCUUAAACCAAAUCAUUCUCCUGAUUUUGGUUGUGUUGCCUUUACUGUCCUUUUUGAAGAAGGGAUAAUACAAAGUUUGCACUAUCCGGAUUUCUAUACAAAUCUGAUCAGUUGUCGCUGGAUUAUUCAUGCUCCAGAAGACCACAUCAUUAAGCUUGAAUUUCAGAGCUUUGAGGUAGAAGAAAGUGAUGGCUGCCUCUCAGACUCAGUGACAGUGUAUAAUGAUGUGGAAGGGAAGGAAGAAAUAGCUCGGUACUGUGGCUUUGCUGUGCCCCAUCCUGGGCUGAGCUCCUCCAGUGUCAUGCUAAUCAGCUUCCAGGCAGAUGAAAGUCGGGUCUUCAGGGGAUUCCAGGCUGCCAUCUCCUUCAUCUCAGAAACAGUCUGCCCAGAUUUAAAUAUCUUAGGCACAGAGGAUGAGUCUGGACUUCCUUCAGCUGGCCUUGGCACAGUUACAGACCUGGGGGCUGCAGGUGGCCUUUGUGGAGAAGCUUCCAAGCCUCCCAGGUUUCUCUUCAACAGGAUUGUGGGAGGACAACCAGCAGUGGCCAGGUCUUGGCCCUGGCAGGUCAGCCUGCAGAUCGCUGCAGAACAUCUCUGUGGGGGGACAGUGAUUGGGAAGAGCUGGGUGGUCACAGCUGCCCAUUGUUUUAAUGAUAAGAAGCAGCAUGCACCUGUGUGGAUGGUAAUUGCUGGAGUUCAUGAUCUGACUGAACGAAACAACCAACAGGGUGACUCAGGUGGUCCCUUAGUCUGCUCCCUUGAAGAUUCAGGUCUUUAUGCCCUUUUUGGGAUAACCAGCUGGGGCUUUGGCUGUGGAAAAAUUAACUACCCAGGUGUCUACACCAGUGUCACUGUCUUCGUUGACUGGAUCAAACAGCAUCUUGGUGAUACUGGUAUGUAUGAAGAGGACAGCAUUCCCAUUCCUUAG